AUGUCAUUAAAAACUGAUACCGCCACUCCAAAGACUAUCAAUAAUACCGGCGAAGAACGAGGGUUGUCUUCAAACCUCUAUGAGGAUAAGUUUUUUAUCGUAACCAGCACACACUUGAUCAUCAAAAAAUUUUAUUUUCCACUCGGAACUUCGAAAUCUAUCCCUUUAACCGAGAUCACUUCAGUUGUCACUGAUGAGGAAUGUCCACUUAGAUGGUGGCAACUUAAAUCUUGGGGAAUGCCGUUGAAUAAUGUUUGGUUUGCAUUGGAUUUCCGCCGUGAUAUUAAAUGGAUUCGUGGCAAUAAGAUAACAUGUAUUGUUACUGUUAGACAUGAUUCAAUUAAAAAAGGAUUCUCAUUUGAAAGUAGACGAGGUGUUGAUAUUUUAAGAAAUGCUAUCAAUCAAACUUCUUUGUAG